AUGAGGAAUUCUUUGUUGAGAAAGGCGACGCUUGAAAGACUGGCUUUAAUCUCGUUUCGGCGCGUCAGCCCACCAGACCAGAAAACCGUACACCUCAUCAUCCUGGACGGAAUGUAUUUUAUGACGGUCCUACCCGAAUUUUCUGGAAAAUGUUCCACCAUUAUCUAUCUAUCUAUCUAUCUAUCUAUCUAUCUAUCUGAUCCUGUUUCUUUCUUUCUUUCUUUCUUUCUUUCUCAAUCUAUCUAUCGAUUUGAUGCUGUCCUAUUCUUUUCUUCUAUUUAUUUUCUAUCUUUCUUUAUUUAUCUAAUAAUCCUCUUUCUUUUCUUUAUUUUUUCUUUCUUUCUUUCUUUCUUUUCUUUCUCAAUCUAUCUAUUUUUGUGCUUUCUUUCUUUCUUUCUUUCUUUCUUUCUUUCUUUUUUUCUAACUAACUUUCAGAUUCUAUCCUCUUUCUUUCUUUCUUUCUUUCUUUCUUUCUUUCUUUCUUUCUCAAUCUAUCUAUCUGAUGCUGUGUCUUUCUUUCUUUCUUUCUUUCUUUCUUUCUUUCUCAAUCUUCUAUCUGAUGCUGUCUUUCUUUCCUUUCUUCAAUUCUGUUUCUAUCUAUCUAUCUAUCUAUCUAUCUAUCUAUCUGAUCCUUUUCUUUUUUCUUUCUCUAUCUAUCUAUCUAUCUAUCUAUCUAUCUAUCUAUCUAUCUAUCUAUCUAUCCGAUCCUCCCUCUUCUUUCUUUCUUUCUUUCUUUUUCUUUUUUCUCAAUCUAUCUUCUAUCUGAUGCUGUCCCUUUCUUUCUUUUUUCUUUCUUUCUUUUUUUUAAAAAAUUUCACAUUCUGUUUAUAUCUAAUUCUAUCUAUCUAUCUAUUCAUCUAUCUAUCUAUCUAUCUAUCUGAUCCUGAAUUUCUUUCUUUUUUCUUUCUAAUUAUUAAAAAAAAAAUUAUAUCUAUCUAUCCGAUCCAUCUUUCUUUUCUUUCUAUCUUUUCUUUGCAGGCCGUUAUAAAUUUUACUAACUCAUUAAAAUAUAUAAACCAACUAUUAUUUUUUUUCGAUAUCUAUCUAUCUAUCUAUCUAUCUAUCUAUGUAUUUAAACCUGAUCGCACUAUCUCUCUAACUCUUACUCUCUCUUUCUCUCUCCUUAAUUUAUCCAUCGUUUCCUUGUCCGCGUCCAUAACUGAAGUUAGUAAAGGUUGUUUUUUUUUUAUCUAUCUAUCUAUCUAUCUAUCUAUCUAUCUAUCUAUCUAUCUAUCUAUCUUAAUGUGUUCCUUUUUGUGUUAG